UUUGUGAAGAUUCUUACCAUCAGCGUUCUUGGCAACGCAACCACUUUGAUCGGAGCACAAGAGGACCAGUCACGAUGCAACUCCGAGUUGAAGCACUCAAUUCUGGCACGGCCCGAGCGACUGCGCUCGAAACGACAGCUGCAGGACGGAGGCAUUUCCCCCUUACAACCACUUCCACGACCAACCGCACUUACCGGUGUUUAGCUUCUGAUUUCGCCAUAAGAUCAUUGAAGGGAUGAUUUUCCGUUCACUUCCUUCGCCCUUUAAUUUCCCAUAAGUAAAGAAGCUUUUACUUAACAUAACGGUUCUGGAGGCCUCUGGUACCUUUUCCUUUUCCCGUCAAUGGCGUCGGACGCCCCCGCUAAUCCGGACGGCAACAGUGACGCAGCUACAACUCUGGGUCCCUGGCUGGUCGGGCUGUGCCUAGAUCUAAUUCUCCAGGGCGUGCUCACAUCUCAGUUCUCAAAUUAUUAUUCGUGGUACGGUGGUACGGAUGGCUAUCGAUUUACGGCGGCCGUGGGGAUUCUCGCAGUCAUCACGACACUAAAAUCCAUACAGUGUUUUGUCAUUGUUUGGGUGCAGCAGAUAGUACAUUUCGAUGAUUUCGAUAGUGCAUCCAACAUGCGGAAUACUGCUUGGUAUGAAAGAUGCAAUACCCUGUUCGUUGCACUCAUCGCACUAUAUGUGCAGUUCUAUUUUUGCUACCGACUGUACACAAUAUCGAAACUCUGGUGGAUAGUUACGCCGAUUUUGUUUCUUUACCUGUUUGCCGUUGGCUGUGUCUCCGCUGCAGUUCACUAUAUAUCCGACUCCCAAGGAUCAGGCCAACUGGCUCCAUGGCUGUCAGCGCAUUAUGCCAUUGUGUUUGCUGGUGACGUAUUGCUUGCGGGCACAACAGCAUAUUUCCUUCUUAAGACGAAGAAGAAUGUCUUACCGCAGACUGUCGGCAUGAUAAAUGCGCUGGUAGCGGCUUACGUUUCAGACUGCUACGCCCGCUGCGCUGUGUGCGCUGCUCAACUUGAUAUUUGUCUACUUGCAAAACGCCUACCAUUAGAGGCUUCUCUAAUGUGUCUAUUCAAGCUCUGCCAAAACUAUACGCUAUCAGCAUGAUGUGGACACUAAACGCGAGGAGGCGUAUUCGGGUGGCAAACGGUUCUUCUAGUCUAACCGGUGGUACAAGUAAUGAGCCUACUCGAAUGGACU